AUGUUCAUAUUCAUUAUCGUCGAGUUUCCACAAGGAUUACUUGCAGUUUUGUCCACUAUAACAGAACUGCAACUUCUUGUCGCAUUAGGCGACUUAACCGAGAUGAUCACCCUUCUUACUUCGUGUAUUAUAUUUGCCUUAUUCUGCCUAAUGAAUGGCGCAGUUCGAUCGGCCUUUAUGGAAUCGCCUUGCCUAAGGUGGCUAGAGCGAUGGACGCAAAGGACUAUUGAGAAAAGGAUGGGACGAAGAAUGACCAGCGACAAACUUGUUGACUAUACUCUUAACACAAAAACAGUCAUUAUUGACACUUCUAAAGAUUAUGCAGUUUUGUGA